AUGAUCGCUUGGAUUUUCAGGUUUUAUCACAAUUUAAAGAACAAAGAUAAAAACCUCACUCCUGAUGUCUCAGUUGAUGAAUUGGAGAAUGCUGAAAAGGCACUUUGUAGAUUGGUACAGAAAGAAUCAUUUACAGGCAUAAACGAUCCCGCUAUUCGUGCGCUGAGACCAAUCGUAGACCAAAAUGGAAUUUUAAGAGCCAAAACGAACGUCCUACAGCGUCAAGAUAAUGAAAAUUUCCGAUAUCCUAUCAUUUUACCUUCAAAACAUAUUCUUGUUGAGAGACUAAUUUACGAGAAACAUCUAGAACUCCAGCAUGCUGGUGUCAGCACUUUAAUGACAAAUCUUAGAGAAAACUUUUGGAUAUUAAAAUCCAGGAAAAGUAUUCGAAAUAUUAUCAGAAAAUGUGUAAGAUGUAAAAGAUUUGUUUCACAAAGAGUGGAAGUCGAGCCAGGAUUUCCACCCGAAGAUCGAGUCAGAGAAGGGGCGACUUUUGAAGUCGUCGGUGUAGAUCUAGCGGGUCCUCUCUAUCUCCGUGAGGGGUCUAAAGCGUGGAUAGUCUUGUAUACAUGUGCCAUUUAUAGAGCCAUUCACCUCGAACUAGUUACUUCUCUAUCUACAGAAACUUUCAUCCAAUCUUUACGUAGAUUCAUUGCCUGA